CCAGAGGAAACCCACGCAGACACAGAAAGGCCUCCGUCAGCCAUGAUGUUCGAACCCAGAACCUUCUUGCUAAUCUUCAUCCCCAAGAAGCACCGGCAGCGGUUUGAUGAAGCUGUCUCCCAGAGUCUUCUCAACCGUGUGUACCGCAGUAAGAGUGUGAGCGAGCCAGGCCAGAACCGACUGCGCCGCAGCCGCAGCCAGGAGCACCAUGAGCGGCCACAUGCCUCCAAAAGGGCCAGCUCAGUUCCCAGAGACACUGGAGAGAACCAUGAACGUGGCCACAAGAAGAGCACGGCUGGCAUCCCCAGCAUCCCCUCCACUGGGGCAAAUCAGAGGACCAUCCGUGUAUACAGAGGAAAGAAGAGCUUUGGGUUCACGCUCCGAGGCCAUGCUCCUGUGUGGAUUGACUCUGUCAUUCCAGAUAGCCCUGCUGAGGAGUGUGGACUUAAACCAGGAGAUCGCAUUCUGUUUCUCAAUGGGUUGGAUAUGAGGAAUUGCUCCCAUGAGAAGGUGGUAUCAAUGCUUCAGGGCAGCGGUGCAAAUCCCACUCUGGUGGUGGAGGAGGGGCCUGUCCUAUACUCUCCAUCAGACUCUGAAACCGAGGAGACUCCCGCACUUCCUUGCUCUCACUCACCUGCCCUCAGCUCCCUGCAGUGGGUAGCAGAGAUCCUUCCUCCUAGCAUCCGUGUACACGGCCGCACCUUCGGUCAGCAGCUUGAGCACCUCCUCACCACGCAAGAGAGAUACACCAUCUGCAAGGCUCUUGAGACCUUCUUUCAGCACAGAAAUGUGGACACACUCAUUGUGGAUGUUUAUCCUGUGCUGGACACUCCUGCCAAGCAGCUGAUCUGGCAGUUCAUCUAUCAGCUUUUGACCUGCGAGGAGCAGGAGCGCUGUAAGAGCAAGAUCUCCCGCUUCCUGGGCUUCAAAGGAGCAGAGCCUGAACUAGGCACAGAAAGUCACAGACGAAGCAGCUCCAUGAGAGUGACUGGAACAUCCCACCGAAACAGUGUCCGAGAAAGAAGCUCAGAUGAUUGUAUUAUUGGCACUCAUCUAGGAAUGGGGACUUUCACUGAGCCUGCUACCCCAGGAGAAAGACAAUGUGGCGAUGGGACCUCCUUUCCAGAGUCCCCAGAUUUGAACCACAUAUCAGGAGUGUACACAGAACUGGAGAGUGCAUACACGGUGAAGAACAGCAAGCCUCUGCAGAGUAACUCCUCACCUGGGAAUGAGGGCAUGAGCCAUGCUGACAGCCAUGCACUCACUCCCUCCUUCACACAUGCUAAAAAAGGGAACCGUAAGUCAGGCCUGUCUCUGACUUGGAAGGAACCCUGCUCCAGCCCUCAGUAUGAUCUCUACCAGCAGACCAUCCCUUCUCCUGGAAGCAUGGACUCUAACCCCUAUGUCAGCCUCGACAGCUCUCCUACCUCCCCUCAGCACUCAGAUGAGACCUCCAGCCCUCAGUCCCGUCGAAGAAAACUCUUCACUUUCUCCAGACCUCCACGCAGCCAAGACACAAACAAAUUCCUGGAUGCCCUGAGUGAACAGCUCGGCCACCGAGUCACUAUUGUGGAUAAUUUUCUGGGAGGCGAGAAUGACUAUGAAGAGAUGAGUUUCCAGGAAGAACAGGACAACAUAUUGUCUCGUCAAGCUAGCAGCGCAAGCAGUGAGGACCGCAGCACUGAGGAUUCAAGCUCAUUAACCUACUCAUCUGAAUCAGAGCAAAUCCCACCCCCUCCUCAGAGCCCACCGCCCCCGCCCCCACCCAUUCAGUUCACUGACACACCUUCCCCCAUCUGCCUCACACCACAACAUAUGCCUCAACCUCCUCCGGCCUUUCAGAACCACCCCAUCAUACCCCCUCCACCACCCCCUCCUCGGUUCGUCCUCUCCAGUCGGCCAUCUCUUCACCAAGUGCUGCCUACAUGCCAAGAGACAAGGUUCCAUCACACACAGCCCCGAAAGCCCUUUUCUCAGCCCUCUGUUCAUGCCAGCCAACAACUUCACCAACCCAAAGCCCACCCCAUCCUGCAUUCAUCCCCUCACACAUCCUCACAACCUCCUCACACAUCCCAAAAGCCUCCUCACACAUCCCAAAAGCCUCCUCACACUUCCCAAAAGCCUCCUCACACUUCCCAAAAGCCUCCUCACACUUCCCAAAAGCCUCCUCACACUUCCCAAAAGCCUCCUCACACAUCCACACAGCCCCCUCAUUCAUCCUCUCAGCCUGCUUACACAUCCGCACACCUCCCAUUGAGGCACCGCACCCAGUCCAUCUAUCAGAGCCAACAGAGCUCAGCCAUGCAGUCCAAAGCAAAGAGAGAUUCACCACAUGCUACCAGUAAGACCUAUGAGAGUACCAUCUCAAAGAUAAUACCACCACCACCACCUCCACCUCCACUGCCCCCACCCUGUGAGCCCCCACCUCUGCCAAAACCAACCCCUCAGUCUUCAGAUACCAACCACAUGAGUGUGAAGCGGCUCCGCUGGGAACAAGUGGAGAAUUCUGAAGGCACUAUCUGGGGACAGCUUGGAGAAGACCCUGACUAUGGUAAAUUGAGUGACAUGGUGAAAUACCUCAAUCUGGAGCUGCACUUUGGCACGCACACAGGUUCCAAGCCCACCAUUCUACCUGAGAGCUUUAAAAAGAAAGACGUGGUCGAGAUUCUCUCUCAUAAAAAGGCCUACAAUGCUUCUAUCCUCAUAGCCCAUCUGAAGCUGUCUCCAGCAGAGUUACGACAGGUCCUCAUGACCAUGAGCACUGAGCGUCUAGAACCUUCUCACAUUAAGCAGCUGUUGCUGUAUGCCCCUGAUGAUGAUGAGGUUAAACAGUUCCAGCAGUAUGACCAGGAUCCUGCCAAGCUUAGCGAACCUGACAAAUUUGUCCUUCAGAUGUUAUUAGUGCCGGAGUAUAAAACCAGAUUGCGGAGUCUCCUGUUUAAAACCACCCUGCAGGAGAAAACUGAAGAAAUGCGAAUCGGUUAUGAGUGCAUCUACAAAGCCUCCCUAGAGCUAAAAAAUAGCAAGAAAUUGGCAAAGAUCCUGGAGUUUGUCUUAGCAAUGGGAAACUAUCUUAAUAAUGGCCAACCCAGGACAAAUAAACCCACAGGCUUUAAAAUCAACUUCCUUACUGAGCUCAGCACAACAAAAACAGUUGAUGGAAAGUCAACUUUCCUCCAUAUUCUAGCCAAAUCACUAUGCCAACACUUUCCAGAACUUCUCAACUUUGCAGGAGAACUUAUAACAGUGCCCCUGGCUGCCAAAGUGAAUCAGAGAACCAUUACAACAGACCUCAGUGAUCUCCACUCCACCAUCCAGGAAAUCAGGACUGCCUGCCUAAAGAUCCCGGCCACAGCAGAAGAUCGAUUUGCAGCAGUUAUGAGUAGCUUUCUGGAAAACUCGCAUCCAACUGUGCAGUCUCUGGACUCUCACCAGCAGAAAGCAAUGGAAGAGUUUACCAAGGUAGCCUCUUACUUUGGAGAAGACAGCAAGACCACAACCACAGAAGCAUUCUUUGGCAUCUUUGCAGAAUUCAUCUCUAAAUUUGGGAGAGCACUAAAUGAGACGCGAACCACAGAAAACCCCAGGAGCCCUCGCAUUGCUUCACCUUUAGCCUGGUGAGAAUAUUCUUUAGAAAACUAAGGCCAUCCACGUGCCAAGAACUUGACAAAACAACAGGAGAAGCAAAGAAUUUAAUCUAAAUUAAAAGUUUAUGACCUACACGUUCAAAGUGUAACUUCGACAUAAAGAAUAUAUAUUUUGUACAACUCUAAAGCUAUCAAGGAUAUGGAUCUAGUUUCAUUAUUUUUUAAAAAGUUUCCCGUGGCAAGAGAAUGUAACAAGAACGUGAGCACUUUACAAUUCUUUCACCCACAGCUGAUGGUACUAUAGUCAGCUGUGCAUUUAUUAUUCCUUUCUCUGAUGAAUACUGACCAAAAACUUGCAGACCGACUAUGAUGAUGGAUAAUGUGUUAAUCAUGUUAGUCAGCAGUGUAUCAACAUUGUAAACAGAUGAUUAAUUUUUGCUCGGCGUUAGUGUUGUCACUGUCAUUUGCUGAGAAGAGGCCCUGCCACACUAAUAACGGCCACUUAUUUACCCAACCUGCCUGAACAGUGGCGAAGCUGUGCAUGAAAAACUGUACAGUGUAACAGUACGUAUUAUGAAACAGUCAUCUCUGAACGCACUUGCUGUGACAAAACCUGAAUGAAAAUGCAUAGGUCUGUUUGUAGUCUCAGUGAAACAGCCCUGUGUGUACAUCUUGUUUGUUUAAUGUUUACAUGAUAAAAUAUUAUGCAGCUUGGCAGAUUUUUCCUUGAAAUAAUGUUUAAAAUGUUCUUUCUGCCUGAUGUUUUGUGUUCCCAACAAUUUAUUAGUAGCCUCCUUAUUAAAUCCAAAUGCAUGGACAACUAAUUGCUUGUCUUUGUGUCAAAAACAUACACCCCUGUUCCUAUUUUGUCUGUCCUUUUUCAAACCAGUGACAGUAUUUUGAAAGGGUAAUCUACAGUUUGCAUGUAGCAUUGUGUUUAUUUUUGUUGGCAAAUUAUUUUAUUAUUCUUAAU